AUGCCCGGUCAAUUAUCAACACUAAUUGGGAAGAUCAGGAGGAAGCCUACAUUGGCGAGCGAUGGCAGGACAGCAGAAGCUGCCAGUGGCGUCUCAAAGAGCAACCAGAAAACUAGCGUUGUUAGCGAUCUCACAGGCUUAGGAGUCAAGAAUGCCAAAUUUGCACUCGAUGCCAUCACGACGCUUGCUUCUGGUGAGCCUCUGGAUGACAAAGACCUCCUCCUCGAGCAGGGAGUUCAGAUGCUCCAAGGCCUGCCACCAAACAGUGGUCUUGGCGCGAAGGUUGCAGAUGGCUUCAUUGCAAUGCUUUGGAAUGACCUGCCACAUCCAACGCCGACACAUGCCGGACCUUCAGCGCGAUACCGGAAGCAUGACGGCUCUGGGAACAACCCCCACAACCCUGAGAUGGGCAAAGCAGGAUCUCCGUACGCGCGAAACGUACCACCAAUGAAACCAAAAGGCCCCAACCUACCUGAUGUUGAGGACGUAUACGAGGCGCUUCUGAAGCGCAGUGGUCCUUUUCGCCCACAUCCCUCAGGCCUCAACCGCCUGUUUUUCUCUUUCGCAACCAUUGUGAUCCACGAGUGUUUCCAGACGUCCAGGACGGACCCUUGGAUCAACGAGACUUCCAACUCAAUUGCUUCGGAGCGCAUCAUGAUGAUGCCACCUGGUGUAGUGGCAGUACUCUUGAUGUUCUCCAGGAACCACAACCAUGUCGCAGAGUCAUUGUUUUCGGUGAACGAAGACGGCAAGUACAAGCCCUGGGACACAUUGGACGACGAAGGCAAGAAAUGGCAAGACGAAGACAUCUUCCAAAUUACACGCAACAUUAAUGUUGGGUUCUUCGCAUCAGUCGUACUUCGCGACUAUGUUGCGGCUAUUCUCAACACGCCGCGCGCCAACUCAGAGUGGUCCCUCGAUCUCGGCAAAGAGAUCAAGCAGGGAGGCACGCGCGUGGAACGCGGAACUGGCAGUCACGUUUCCGUUGAAUUCGCUGUCCUUUAUCACUGGCACGCUGCGCUUAGCGCAGCAGACGAUCAGUGGAUGGAAGACAUCAUUCGUUCCGUCUACCCUGAUUUGGAACACAUCGAUGAUGUAACCAUUGAGAUGUUUCACCAAGUCAUGAAAGUAUACGGCCAUGACCUUAUGAAGAAAGAGCCUUGCCAGUGGACAUUCGGAGGUCUUGAGCGAGGUCCUGAUGGCAAGUUCGAUGACGAGCAGCUAGCUGAGCUGAUCAAAGAUUGCAUUGAAGAGCCUGCACACGCAUUUGGUGCUCGCGGUACUCCGGCUAGUCUAAAGGUUGUUGAUAUCAUGGGCCAAUUGCAGGCGCGUGAGAUGUUCAACGUGUGUACGCUUAAUGAGUUCCGGGUGUACUUGAAUUUGAAGCCGUACGACACGUUUGAAGACUGGUGCUCCGAUAAGGAGACGGCGCGAGCAGCUGAGCUGUUGUACGGCCACAUGAACAACAUGGAACUGUAUCCCGGUUUGAUGGCCGAAUGCACCAAGCCAGCCGGACCGGGAAGCGGAGUCUGCCCUGGACAAACAACUGGUAGAGGUAUCUUGGAUGAUGCUGUCGCAUUGGUUCGUGGUGAUCGAUUCCUGAGUUACGACUUCAACAGCAACACCCUGACGCAGUGGGGUGCGGCUCUCCUUUCGGAGACAACACCAGGGGCUUACGGUGGUGUUCUACCAAAGCUGCUCUUCCAAGGUCUUCCGGGUGGGUUCACUGGCACAUCCACCUAUGCGCUCCUGCCCUUCUAUACGCCCAAGGCAGCUCAGGGCAUCAUCAAAGGCAACGGCGUCCUCGACAAGUACGACAUCAAGCGUCCCCCUAGCGACUACGAAAUCAUCAGCGUACAGACGCAAGAGGGCUGCAAGGCGAUCUUCAACGACCGCAAGGCCUUCGUCGUAAUGUACCAAGCCGCUAUCCGCAAUUGCACGGCAGGACACGACUUCAUGAUUGGGUGGGACGAGCAACAAAAGCAUGACGAGCGGUCCAAAAUUCUGCACAAGGUCUUCUUCGAAGAAGGAUUUGAGAAGAAUAUCAACGACUUCUUCACAACAAAUGUUCGUAAUCUGAUCAAGAAGAAUUCGCUCAAGGGUGCAAAGGGUAGGAUGAGUAUCGACAUUGUCCGUGACGUGACAAAUAUCACGCCCAUCCUCUGGCUUGCAGACCGCUUUGCCCUUCCUCUGAAGACGCAAGAGCAACCUAGAGGCUUGCUAUCAGUCCAUGAAGCCUUCCUCGCCUAUCUGGUUCUUUUCAUGUACCAAUCCUUCAACAUCAUGCCGCACAACGAAUGGAAGCUACGCGCUGGCGCCAUGACUGCAGCAGCACCCCUCCGUUCCAUCUUCGAAACCCAUAUCAAAACGCAAACCGGUCGUCUCGAAGGCCUAGUAGACUGGAUGGCAAAGGGUUCUGCUUUUGAAGUUGGCAAACACGCAGACCGCAUCUACCACGCUCUUGCAGACUCCAAACUGCCCAUUGGCGACCUCGUCGGCGACUGUAUCGGCAUGGGCGCCCCUGUUGCCGGCAACUUAACGCAACAAGCCAGCCUCCUGAUCGACCUAUUCCUGCGGCCCGAGUACGCACAAUACAAAGACCGCAUUGUGGAGCUCGCACACAUGGCACCCGAGGCCUCAGACCGCGAACUCCAAGGUUUCGUCUACGAAGGCAUGCGUCACGUAGGCGUGGUGCCAGGCCUCCCCCGUAUAGCCACCCGCGACAUCACCGUCCAAGACGGCGUGCGAGGUCCCGUGUCCAUCAAAGCCGGCCACACCAUCCUCAUCGCCACAUCCAAAGCCGCCAUGGACCCCAUCGCCUUCCCCAACCCAGAAAUCCUAGAUCCCCACCGCCCAUUCACAUCCUACACAUUGCUAGGCCACGGUCUCCACUUCUGCUUUGGCGCCCGCCUCGUCGGACCCAGUCUAGCCUCUACUCUCCGCGAAGUCUUCAAGCUACCAAACGUCCGCCGUGCACCCGGUAAACAGGGCCGCUUUACCGUCACAGAACAUAAACUCGCGGGUAUCACUAUGCGGCACUACCUCGAUGCUAGCUCCAAAGAAAGUCCCAUCCCCACUUCGCUGCGUCUACACUAUGAUGCUGAGGAAGUUGCUCCAACACCCGUAUUGCGUGCCAUGAAUGGAGGGGCGGCAGGACAUGCCAAUUUCCCGAGUAAUGGACAUGCUAAUGCUGGGGGGAAGAAUGAGUAUGGGAAUGCGUAUACGAUUGCGCCGUAA